ACCCCGAGCUCGAAUCUCAUUUUCUUCCUUUGAUAAAAAAAAAAACAGCAAAUCCAAUAAUAUAUAAUUUUUCACACAGUGCCAGCUAUGCCUACAGUGCUUACCAAAAAUACAAAUUGAUAAAUAAUAAAAUGUCAACAAAAAUCCUUCCGUGUUCUUCCAAGUGAUUAUCUUUUUAUUUGAUCUUUGAGUACGCAACGCAAAAUUCCAAAACUCUCAUCUUCCAGCAUUUCUCUGUCAAGAUUCAUUACGCACUCCUUUCAUUCCUCGCUUUCCGGUAUCUCUAGGGUGGAUCCUAAAAGCUGAUGCUACUGGCUGCUGGUGACUCUGGGUUUUUUGUUUAAAUUACAAGGUGACUGAUUUUGUGGUUGCGCCUGUGUAUUGCAUUUAUUUUGUCAUUCGAUGAAGUGAUAAUUUCUGUUUGCCUGCGUUAAGAAAGGGCUGGUGCUCUCUGUGCUUCAUUCUUUCAGAGGGAAUCUGGUCGUUGAACGGCCCUAUUCUAAGCCUUACCAGAAGAGAUGUCUGUAAUCAAGUGUUAAGCUUACUCCCUAGCAUGAGUCAAUAAGGACACAUUUUUGUUUGCUUCAAUUCCGUUCUUAAGUUCUUUUGUCACAUUUCUCAUCAUCUUCUUCCCUUCCUAGCAUGUAUUUGUUGAACAAGCAUGAGAAGUUCUGCGAUGCAUCUCCCCUUGAAAGAAAAAUCCAGGAAGUGAUUUCUUUUUGCCCUGACAGGGUCAGUUUUCUUUCAGAAUAGGGUCCUAAUCGGUGAAUUGAUUCUUCCUUGAGCUUUGAAAAUUCACCAAUGAAAAAUUUUGGGUUUAUUUUUAAUGACUUAUUCAUUCAGGGUAAUUCUUUGAGCAGUUUUAAGUUUGGAACGUCUAUCGUCUUGGAGAAAAAGCUUUUUGUAAGACUGAUACUUUGAAGCUGAAAUCUUUUACACCGUAGGAAUAAAUAUUUGAACAUAGUAAGUUGAACCGAUCGGUUAUAUCUCAUCUAGCCAUGCUGGGCCCCGGUGGCGCCUGCCUGUUAUCCUUCCACUACUAGGAGCGGGGAGGUUUCGUUGCACUCAGUGAAGGAAGCCAGCCUCACGCGGUCCCUCCCACUGUAGGGCCCAAGACACACGAGUCUGCACCUCUUGUCCCAUGAGCCAACUCUCAACUUGGGCUCGGCUAUUUGGGCCAUUUUGUAAGCCCGGCUAUUUGGGCCAUGUUGUCUGUAACAAUGUCCGAACACCUUGAUAUCCCCACUUGGGUUACAAGCUCGACGUUCAGGAUUAAAUUCAAAUAUAAUAUAAACUGCAAACUAUGGCUAUUAAGCGAUGUGGGAUGUUUCUCGGUGCUCUCACUGGAUAAUGACUGUCUAAAUUUUGUAGGAGGUCUGAAAAUCUGUAUUUAUAUGUUCCUAAUGCUUUUUUAUGAAAUCCGUGUAGAAUCAUUUUGAUCACACUCGUUCCGCCUAGUCUCCCUCACACACAUUCACAGGGGACGGAUGAACCUUCUCUAUGCAAUCGACCUCAAAUCUUUGCAUUGGAUCCAUGGAGGUUGUCGUUUAAUUCCUCUUCUCUCUUCAUCUUCUCUUCACACUCGCUCUCUUUCUCCCCACAAAGAGAAACCCAUCAGUUGGAAUACAACCCACACCUUUGUACUCUCAAAUCCACUUCUGUCUCUUCUUGAGAAAUGCAAUUCCACUACCCAUUUGAAGCAAAUCCAAGCUCAGAUGAUCUUGACAGGCUUAAUCUCAGAUGGGCUUGCUUCAAGUCGCCUAAUUGCAUUCUGUGCGAUCUCAGAAUGGCGAAAUUUUGAUUACUGCGCUAAGAUUCUGUUUAAUACUCGCAACACGAAUGUGUUUUCUUGGAAUACAGCUAUUAGAGGCUUAUCAGAGAGCGAGAAUGGUAAUGGAUCUAUUUUGUUGUAUAAAAGAAUGUUGGGAAGUGGUGGUUUAAGACCAGAUAAUUAUACUUACCCUCUGUUGUUCAGAGUUUGUGCUAGAUUGAUGCUAAAGUUCAUGGGGCAUGAGAUUCUAGGGCAUGUAUUGCAGUUGGGUUUUGAUUCGGAUAUUUUUGUGCACAACGCGGUUAUACAUAUGCUGGUUUCGUGCAAUGAGUUAGUGGCAGCACGAAAGGUGUUCGAUGAGAGUUGUGUGAGAGACCUGGUUUCUUGGAAUUCUUUGAUUAAUGGGAAUGUAAGGAAUGGGUGGGCAGAGGAGGCAAUAAGGCUUUACCGAGAAAUGGAGAAGGAAAAAGUCAUGCCGGAUGAGGUGACAAUGAUUGGUGUUGUUUCCUCAUGCGCUCAAUUGGAGGAUUUGAGUCUUGGGAGGAAGUUUCAUCGGCUUAUUGAAGAAAGGAAACUGAUUGUUACAAUUCCACUAGCCAAUGCUCUCAUGGAUAUGUACGCAAAGUGUGGGAAUCUGGAGGCAGCGAAAGAAAUAUUUGAUGGCAUGAAGAAGAGAACAAUUGUCUCAUGGACAACAAUGGUUGUUGGCUAUGCAAAAUUUGGGCUUCUAGAUGUUGCUGCAAAGCUUUUCGAUGAGAUGCCAGAAAAGGAUGUUGUGCCAUGGAAUGCCUUAAUUGGAGGAUAUAUUCACGCUAUACAGAGUAAAGAAGCUUUGGCUUUGUUUCAUAAAAUGCAAGCAAGUAAUAUAAAGCCCGAUGAGGUUACCAUGGUCUAUUGCUUAUCUGCAUGCUCACAACUUGGAGCGCUCGAUACUGGAAUUUGGAUUCACCAUUACAUUGAAAAACACGAUUUAUCUUUAAAUGUUGCCUUAGGCACCGCUCUAGUUGACAUGUAUGCCAAGUGUGGGAACAUCACAAAGGCUGUCCAGGUUUUUCAUGAGCUGCCAAGAAGAAACUCUUUAACGUGGACAGCCAUUAUUGGAGGAUUAGCCCUUCAUGGAAAUGCCAGAGCUGCUGUGUCUUAUUUCUCAAAGAUGAUUGAUGUUGGGUUGGAGCCAGAUGAGAUUACCUUUCUUGGGUUGUUAUCAGCUUGUUGUCAUGGGGGCUUAGUUGACGAAGGUCGCAAAUAUUUUGCUGAAAUGAGAUCCAAAUUUAAUCUGUGUCCACAGCUUAAACACUAUUCUUGCAUGGUGGACCUUCUAGGUAGAUCUGGUCUUUUGGAAGAGGCAGAAGAGCUUAUCAGAGCCAUGCCUAUUGAGGCAGAUGCUGUGGUCUGGGGUGCAUUGUUUUUCGCCUGUCGGGUUCACGGAAAUGUUAUUGUGGGAGAAAGAGCAGCUUCAAAGCUACUUGAGUUGGAUCCUGAUGAUAGUGGAAUAUAUGUAUUACUUGCAAAUAUGUAUGGGGAAGCAAAUAUGUGGGAAGAGUCUCGGAAGGUGAGAAAGAUGAUGGUGGAAAGAGGAGUAGAGAAGACUCCUGGUUGUAGUUCAAUCGAGGUGAAUGGUGUUGUUUCUGAGUUUAUUGUAAGAGAUAAAUCACACCCUCAAUCUGACCAGAUUUACAAUUGCUUAAUUCAGUUAACAAGACAAAUGGGUUUAGCGGGAUGAAUUUUGGCUAUCGCUUGCUUCAGAUAUGACUUCUUCUGGGCUUUGAAGUUCAAACCGAAGCUCUUACCUCUGAAUGUUCUACAUGUUCUACGCACAGAACUUGUACAAUACCGUGACUGCGGUUCCAACAAUAAUGACAUAUUGCCAACUUGUUGGGCCUAUGAAUAAGCUGUAAAUUGUCGUUUCACUUUGGGCUUCUUGAGGAGAUGAUAUGCCGGUUGAUUUGUUCUAAUGCACUUAUUUAUGCUGCUGUGUCGACGAUGCCUUUUAUUUUGAGGUUUUAAUCUCAAAACAAAAUAAAGCCGUACAGAGAAGCAAAGAAACUCUCAGACAAAGCGGCGUCAUUCAUUCUUUGAUGAUGAAGAAUAACAGGUGCAGUAAUAUGUUCCAUAAGUUCUUAUAACCGGGUCUAUGGGUUUAUCAAUCCUUCGAAUAGACUUUUCUUGCCUUCUUCCAUUUAUUCUGAGCUCAUUAGUACAAGAAUGUUUUCCCAGGAUAUGACUGAUGAAAUAUCAGUCUUGAAGUUUGUUUAUAUCAUCAAUGCCAAGAAUCCAGAGGACCCUCUUUUGGAGUAUGUGUACAGUGACUUCUGGGUUGAGGAACUUGAAUUGCGAUUUGGGAAAAUAUUUCUGGUCACAUGGUGCUGGAACUUGCACAUCUUCCCUGCUCUCAAUAUAUAUUUUGGACUGUGUUCAAGUUUAUGUCGCAAGUGGGCUGAGAGGCUGCAAAGAGGGCAGGUAAUCAGCAAUUUUAUACAUCGCAGCAUGCCACUGGAAAAUUUUAAAGAGGUAUUUUAUUCUACUUUACUGUGGCCUUGGUGUUGUACUGUUUCAGAUGGCAACAGAGUGUUAUAUCAUCGGUUUGUUAAUCAGAUUGCAAAUAGUCAGAUUCGAAACUGA